AUCAAUAUCAAUUGUCAAGUCAAGUCAAGUAGUCGUCAAUUUCAAAGUACCUGUGUUAUCUAUGAUCUGUCGUCGCGAUGGUUGGUUAUUCGUUAUGGAAAUUUAAAUGUUAUUUAUAGUGUUAGUUCAUUUGAAUUCGCGUUAAUUACCCACAAUGAAACAUAAGAAAAAUAAAGUGAAUAAAAUGCUUUGAUGUUAAAAGUAAACUCUAGUAAAAUAUUAAUUUCACCUCUUUUCAUUUCAAAAUUAAUUGUGUUGGAAAGGUAGACCUCGAUUUCAUAGAAAGUUUCAAGAUUUUAAAACUAGUUUUUUCAUGAUUGAUGAUUAUAAAGAAAGCAUGGAUCAAACGAAAAAAAUGCCAAAAAUACUAUUACGAGAUGAUAAUAUAGAGGAAGUGUCAAGGAAAGAGCCCUUGUGGGUGUUCGGAUACGGAUCUUUGUGUUGGAAUCCAGGAUUUGAUUACGAGCAGUCUGUUACUGGAUUUGUAAAAGGAUUUUCUAGAAGAUUUUGGCAAGGCAAUACAACUCACCGUGGAACUGAAACCAAGCCUGGACGAGUUGCGACCCUCGUAGAAGAUAAAGAGGGCAUCACUUGGGGCAAGGCGUUCUUAGUAGCAGCAGAAAAUCACGCAGCUCUUCCGUAUCUAUCUACAAGAGAAUGCCAACUUGGCGGGUACAAAAUUUACACCGUAAACUUCCAUCCACGAUCUUCUUUCUUUGUAUCGUCCCACAGUAGUAGUUCAAAUUUCACUGAUAAAAAAGAGGCGCUUCUGUAUAUAGCUGUGCCAGAAAACCGCCAUUGGCUUGGCGCGGCACCUCUGCCAGAUAUAGCGAAACAAAUCCUAGAAUGCCAUGGGUCAUCUGGAUCCAACGUAGAGUAUCUUCUGAAACUAGCUGACUUCAUGAGAGAUGAGAUCCCAGAAGCGUUAGACGAGCACCUCUUUUCUUUAGAGAGACUAGUUAGGAAAUUCGCUUGGGACAUGAAGAUUUGUCUCAAGACAUUAAUGGGCGAGACGACGGAGAAGAAAGAAGAGCCCAAGCAGGAAGCAAGAGCGGUUGUUCCAAGUUUCCAAUUUGCGUCGAGGAUUCCGGACAAAAAGUUGCGCUGUGUCAACAUGUGAUUGCCAUGGCUUCUUUAGCUUAAGGAUCUUAGACAAGCUAGGUUUGUACCCAGUUUAUUUAUGGGAUUGUUGAACGAUUCCAAACUUUCAUUAGUCUAUUUUUUAACUUUUAGAAAUAAAUGUGAUAGAAGUUGACAAAUACUAAUAUUAUUCAUUUUAAUUAUGUAUUUAGACGUUUUGUUAUUUGGUGUUUAAAUUAUUUUUGUUAUUAUGUAUUUGUUAAUAGAAAAAUAUUUGAAACCUCUGAGGUCUGAAUUAAUAUUGCUAUGAAUUUUGGAAAACUUAAUUUUUUUUUCCAACAUUAGAUUGAGAAAAAUUUAUAGCUUUAGAUUUUCAUUAUAGAAUGAAAACCUCGUGUACACUUGUGACUUAUCUAAUUACCACUAAAAAUCUAGAUAAAUAUUAAAUUUUAAUUAUUCUUCUCUAAUUCUGACCUUUACUAGCUAAUAACUAAAUACGUGUGCAGCGCUGCAGAGUAAUGAAGCUGCAGAGAUUAUAUAUUUUUUAAACUUUUAAACAAAAAAGGGAACUGUACCCUUUCGGAUCGAAGAAGUUACAUGUAUACAACCAUAUCACCUGAUAGCAUAAUUUAAUUAUCGUAACAAUAUUUCAAAAUAGUUUUUGUUCCUUUGUAGCUGUAAUAUAGUAAGAUGUUUUAUCAACGAUAGGCGCUGCUUUGUUUAAUUUUACAUACAUGUUAGAAGAUUGAAGAAGCAACCAUUGUUGUACAUGUAUAGAAAUGUGCACGUUAUGAUAUUACAUUAUUAUAAACAACAUGAGUAAAUCUGACGUUUAUAUAAGGAGUUUCUUUGUGGAAUGUCAUUACAUUUGAGAUUAUAAAACUUUUAUACCUCAUAUAUUAUUUAAAUAAAUGCUUGCUGUAGAAAAAUGUUACAUAUUACCUAGGAGUAAGGAGUACACCUUAUCCCGCAAGUGUGAGCACUAUUAUCACCACGGUAAUACUAAACAGUUAAUGCAAUCUCACAUCAACGGUGGUGUGUAUUACUCAUAACUUGUUUAUAUUUUUAAAUUCGUUUUCCUUUACAAACCGUUCAGCAGAACGAUCAAAAAAAAAUAACAAAAAUAUAGUUUAUCAACUUAUAUUUUGUCAUAUUAUAUCAACGAAUAGUUUGUCAUAAAAACAACAUACUUCUUUCACAAAAUGAUCCCUAAUGGGGAAUAAAGCGUUUCUCGAAUAUUGGCAAAUUGGCACAUAUGGUUCCAUGAAGGGUUUUAUAAAUUAACUAUGUACCUUUAACAAAUACGAUAAAGCGUUGGCUUAGCUUAACUUAGCUAACCAACUAACCAUACUAAAUGACAUAGUUUUUAAACUUCAGUCAACUUAGCUCCAAUGGUAACACUUAUAUCAAAUUGAUAACGGAAGGGCGACAGAGUCUACUUAGCUUAGUUGGGAUUAUUGGGUUAACUGUGGUUUGCUUUUUACCUCAUCUCUGUAGUUCGUAGUGUGAAUAUAAUAUGCCUGUUCCACAUUGAACCAGACUAUGAAAAGAGGUUGCAUUACGUAAGCUAAGCUAAGCUGAAUUAGCUGACAGUGUGAUUAACCCUUAAAAAAAACAAUGAGGUUCCCGAGUUUCUCUACCCCCCUUUUUUAAUCCAUGAUCAUUUAUUGACUACUAAAUGACAUUAUUAUCUUUUCUUUGUAUUAAACAAACUAAAAAAAUGAGGUUCUUAUGUCGACUGAAUGUUCUCUUAAGUAUGCAACUUGUGUAUGAUCUUCUCUUACGCAACAUCUUUGACGUCAGUUAACUAAUUUGACCGUUUUUUGAUCGAAAUCAAUUGUUUUCGCAGUUGUCCUAUUUUACUUCCAACCAGGUGUGAUUAUAUUUAGAAUGGUUAAGUUAUGUAAUAAUUUUUCUUGUACUUUUCGCAACACAAAUACGCGAAGCCAAAACAGAAACGUAAGUAUUAUUAUGAAAUAGUUGUAAGUUUCAAUGUUUUCUGUGUUGACUUAUCAUUUAUGUGUUGACUUGUGUUGUUUAAAAUUUUUGUACGUUAAGUUUAAUUUUUGCGUUUUAUUUUGAUUUGUAAAUAUUUUUGUUGUGCUGAUUGAUUUACUAUUAAUGACAAUCCUCAUCUAGAAUUAAGUAUAUGCAUCAUUAGCCUAUUAAAAUAAACUGUGAAAAUUAAUGUUACAAGGUCUUGAAAGACAUUUGAUGUGAUAUAUUAUAUUGUUAUGAUAUACUUGUAAAGUUAGAACAAUGUAAAAUGUCGCUCGCUUUAACGUUUUUGUAAUAUUUGUACCUAGGUAAAAGGCUAUGCCAUGAUGUAAUAUGCUGACGAAAUUGUAUUAAAUAAAUAAUCAAUUGUG